ACAUUUCAAACACUUUUUGUAUGUGAAAAUUGAAAAAUGGGACUGUCUUCACUCCUUGCAAAACCUGAAUAACACAUUUCUGGCAGAUUUAUUUGUUGGCCUGUGAGGUACAUCAGCAGUUAUUAUAAAUUCUCCACAAAGUUCCUACUGGAAACAAAAAUGUGAGACUCUGGACUUCAGUGACUCUUUCCAAAUGAGAGCCAGCGUAGAUUAGUCUGACACUAAAUCCCAAUGAUUCAGUCAAUGGUGACUUGAAAUGAAUAGCUUAUCGAACUGCAGAAAUCUGAUUUGAAUUUAUUUUUAUUUAAAAAUCUAUGGAGGAAGCUUCCCAGCAGUUUGCCGGCCGUUGAUGAGCCUUGGCUCGCACACAGUUGAGUAAAUCUCUCAAAUUCCUACUCUUAACCUGCAAACACACCUUAUGUUCUAUCACAGCAUCACAAUAUUAUUGCUCUCAGUGGUAUUCAUGUUUUUUUUCCCAUCCACCAUAUGUCUUAGAAAGACACCAAAUGAUAAUCUAAACAUUCUCAGACUGUGUUUUGUCGGUGUCUGGGUGAGACCCCAAAAUAAACCUGACUUUGAAAAUGAUCGUUGAUUAUUUGGACUUUGUUAUAGGAGUAGCUUCCCUGCUGGCUUUCAGAAUGAAUCUCCGAAGGAUAGCAAGGUGAAUUGGACAUACAGUGUUGUUGUUUGGGAGUCUUCUGAAGAAGCUCCUCUCGAACCCCCACCGAACACAGGGAGCGUGAGAGACCGCCUCACCCCUCUCGUAUCCGCUUCCCUCGUUCAUAGGUUGGACACGAGGACUCAAGAGCAGUUCUCAGGGGAAAUCAGCUGCAUUGUACAGAGCAGCUCCCUCUUCAAAUGCAUCAAAUCUGUGGCCCACCCUGCACUAAACCCAUCCCUCUUUUCACCGCAGGCUUUUUCGUCUUCCUCUCUGAAUGAAAGACCUGCAUGAAUAACAAACCUCUAGAGUGUAGAGCUCUCCCCCCAUGAGACAAUUCAGAUGGUGUGCAUUCCUCUGAAGUGUUUGAACCAGUCGGUCGCUAUGGACUGACCCCCUGUCUCUGUCCAUUUCUUUCGACACUCACUUACUCUUCCAGUGCAGGGUGUUUUUUCAGGGACAUGUUCGGUGACGAAUGAGGCAGGGAGCGAAUGAAAGGCACAGUGUGAGAGGAGAAAAGGGAGAGAGAGCUGUGAAUGGUAAUCAGAUUAGUCUUGAUCCACCUGUGUAUGUGUGCGUGUGGGUAAGCAAGCAGUGCGAAACAUCAGCGCUGGCAGAGACCGAAGAUCUAGUUUAUACCAUUAACCUAAAGCGAUUUACAGCACUGUAAUGAUACGUCACUUAUUUGAUACCUCGGUUGGUAUUUGAAUUGGGUCCUGAUCUAAUUGACUAAUGUAAUUGUCAUGUAACAAACAACUAGUCAGGCCAACAAGUUUACCUCUUGUGCAUGAUUUUUUUGCAUCCCACAUUUUUUUUUUUUUUUUAGCGUGUGCCAUGAACAUUGCGUUUUUAAUAUUUAAAAGCUAUUAAUAGCUAUAAAAAUAUCUUUAAUGCAUCCCAUUUUGAGAAAAAAAAUCCCUUACCUUGCAAAAAAGUUUUUAUGCUCGCUCGAGAUUGAGAUCUUUUACUUAAUGUGAAUAAUGGAAGAUGGAAAUGCAUUUGCCGAAUAAAUUCCUCCAUGCACAUAGUCAUGUGACUUUGCACUAUGGGACAGCAUAACCUGACUAACCAAUGGACUGAUCUCGAUGCACAGCAUCUGAAAUGUUAUGACCAUUCUUAAAUGCCUGCCCAUUUUAAUUACAUGACUGCGUUCCCAAACUAAUUUAUAAUAAAUGAAAAUUAUUAUACUCAGUGGCUUCUCCUACUUUUCUUAGUGAUAUUUAGUUGAAAAUGUUGUUCUCUUUGACUUGUUGGAUGGAAACGGUGCUUUAUUCGCAAAUGUUUCAUGCGAAAUUCCAAUUUUGCAUACAAGUUAAAUUUGCAAUUUUGGAUGGAAACCCAGCUAACGUGUCUUAUCCACCUUUUUCUUCAACGUGGAAGUAAGCCUAUGGGUGAGACUUCCGGUUCAUUAGCCGUCAUAGAUAAAUAAGAAGAAUAACAACGUGCAGUAAAAGGUCUUAGAGGCAGCCCCUUAACUAUGGAAUUUCAGAACUACUGAGGGCACUUCCACAAAAGGAGGGAAAAGGGGCCGGCAACGGGAACAAAAGGAGAGGAUUGAGCUUUUGAAAAGAGGAUCAGUUCUUUCGAACUCAGCGGGGUGCAUGCUGCCCCCUCAACUGGACGUCCUCUUUUGUGCGAGUGAGAGAAAAUAAAAGCAAGCAUGCGCAAUAAACUGAGAGAGUUCCGGGAUGGGGGACACCCCAUGCUGGGGCAGUGGGACAGGACUCUUCUGGUGCUGCUGAUUGCAAUGGUGCUGACAGUAACGGAAGUGCGGGCUUCCUGGGAUCAGAACCCAAUGGAAGUUCUAGGCGACGUAAGGCAGCUGGAGGCGUCUAUGCACUCGGCGGUGCUGUCGGACCUACGUGAGGCAGAAGCGGCGGUUGCGGCGGUGUCGCAGCCCAGCGGCUUCCCAGACUCCUCGGCUGUGGUGGGCAGGGUGUUCCAAAUGCAGGUGCCCAUCAAAGUGAAGAACUCCAGGAACACAGUAAAGAUCACAGAAGCAAGCAAGGAUGUGCUCCCAGCAUGGUUGCAUUGGGAUGCAGAGAGUGGCACACUUCAAGGCCUUCCUCUAGAGACAGACAAGGGCGUUCACUACAUAUCUGUAUCUGUUUCCAAUGAGAGCCAAGUCUCCCAAAGCCCAGAUGUGUUCUCCAUUGAGGUGCACCCAGAGGAGCAUGCUGAUACGGACCCUUUUCAGCUUGCAAUUCAACAGUCAGCCAGCAAUGAUGUCCAACCUUUCAUCUGUGGCAAUGAGGAGCCUGUUACUGUGCUUACCGUCAUUCUGGAUGCUGACCUCACAAAGAUGAGCUCGAAGCAGAGGGUGGAACUACUUGCUAACAUGAAGAAGUUUUCUGGCAUGGGGCUUCAGCACAUGAAGAUUUUGCCUGUGGUCAACAAUCGUUUGUUUGACAUGUCUGCUUUCAUGGCAGGACCGGGAAAUGCCAAGAAGGUGGUUGAAAACGGAGCCCUUUUGUCCUGGAAACUUGGCUGCAGUCUGGAUCAAAGCAGCAUUCCUGAUAUCAGUAGUGUUCAGGUUCCAGCAAAAGAGGGAACCAUGUCCGCACAGUUAGGAUAUCCGGUCGUUGGGUGGCAUAUCGCUAACAAAAAGCCCCAUGUACCCAAAAGGGUGCGAAGGCAGCUCAACAACACCCCCACUCCCAUUCCCUCAUUACUCCCCCCAACAACUUACCCUGAGCCCCCCAUUCGUAUCGUUCCCACACCGACUUCUCCUUCUAUUGCUCCUACCUCGGACAGUUCUGCCCCACCUGUUCGUGGUCCUGUGCCACUUCCUGUAAAACCUACCAUUCGAACCAGGGAUACCAUUGCCUACACUCCAACCUUAGGCCCCCCUCAGCCAACGCGAGUAAUAGACACCACCAGCACAAUCGCCAUCCAGCCCACCAUGACCAGGCCUGUGUAUGUUGGGGCUUCUGUGACUCCAACAACACCCACCACCAGGAAACCGACAAAAAGACCUGGAAAGAAACCCAAGACCACUCCGAUACCAAGAGAACCCAAGACCACUACAACCAAGCCACCAAGGCGCACAACACCCCCUGUUAUCCCAAUCGAAGGCAAUAUAAAGCCCCAGCUGCGAAACCCAAUCGAUCAGGUGAAUGCCUACAUUGGCACCUACUUUGAGGUGAAGGUUCCAUCUGAUACGUUUUUCGACAAAGAGGAUGGAACUACCGAUAAGUUGAGACUCACCUUGCGCAAGGGAAGUGACGUGGUUGGAGAUGAUUCCUGGAUACAAUUCAAUAGCACAAGCCAGUUGCUCUAUGGAUUACCAGACCAGGAGCAUGAAGGAAAACAUGAGUAUUUCAUGCAGGCAACUGACAAAGGAGGUCUCUAUGCAAUAGAUGCCUUUGAGGUUCGUGUCAAUCGAUGGGGAAACAUUGUUAAGUCACCGGUGUUGUUUACUGCUGUGUUUGAAGGGGAUGCACGUACAGUCACCAAUGACAUUCACAAGAAGAUCCUUCUCGUCAAGAAACUGGCCCAGUCUUUCGGUGAUCGCAACAGUAGCACCGUUACACUGAAGAACAUCAUGAAGGGCUCCAUCAUAGUGGAAUGGACCAACAACAGCCUUCAGCAAAACCCCUGCCCAAAAGAGCAAAUACAGCAGCUGAGCAGAAAAAUCUCUAAUAAUGAGGGUAGACCCUCACCGCAAUUCAUGCAUGUAAUGGAACCAGAUUUCAAGGCCUUAAAUAUCACUGUCAGAGGCACAGCAAGCUGUCGCAACUACAUGUUUGUCCCGUUAGGUGAGAUCCCAGAUCCGACCACCUCUCCUGUUACUCCUGCUGUGGGCGCGGGAAGACAGAGCAAUGAUGAUGUGUAUCUUCACACGGUCAUACCGGCAGUGGUGGUUGCAGCAAUUUUGCUGAUAGCCGGAAUCAUUGCCAUGAUUUGCUAUCGCAAGAAGCGCAAGGGCAAGCUGACCAUAGAAGACCAAGCAACUUUCAUCAAGAAAGGAGUGCCCAUUAUUUUUGCGGAUGAGCUCGAUGACUCUAAGCCGCCCCCAUCUUCCAGCAUGCCCCUUAUCCUUCAAGAGGAAAAGCCUCCGCUUCCUCCACCAGAGUAUCCCAACAUGGCUAGUCCAGAGACAACACCUCUGAACCAGGACCUUUUGGGAGAGUACACACCUCUACACGAUGAGGAUCCUAAUGCCCCUCCCUACCAGCCACCACCACCCUUCUCUACGCCAAUGGAGGGGAAAGGAUCCCGCCCCAAGAACAUGACCCCGUACAGAUCUCCACCCCCUUACGUGCCACCCUAAUGUUUGCCGAAACCUCCGGAGCAGGAGGAUGGGGAACUUUUGUAGUUCCACACCAGUGUGUUGUUUCUUUGCAUUAUGGGAUUUUUAGAAGGGGGGUGCUGCAAAUUGGGGUUUGAAUGUGAUGGGAUGGGAUAAUUUUGUUAAACUGGACUCUUAAGGAGAUGUGGGAGGGUGGGGCAAGUGGAUAGUCUGCAAAGGACAGCAAAAACAACCUCAGCCUCUGACUACUCUGGUUAUUGCUAAACUGUUGGGGAUGUACCCUCCAGUCCUGGCGCUUUUGUGUCUAGAUGGGCUUUUUUGACUAAUUAUUGGUUUUGUUUUUAUUUUUAUUUUCUUUGUCUUUUUGUUUCACGUUUUUCUGACUCAGAAUCAAAACUCCUUGCCUAACAGCACUCUUUCUAUCUUCUGAAUUCGUUAAUCUUGAAUAAUAUAAGCGGACAAUAAAGCUGACUGCAGGUGCAAAAGGUUUCAUAGAGAAAUUCAAUAACAGAAGGGGAAUAAAAGAAUGGCCUUGAGGGACUUGGACAGCCAUGCAGACAGUUCCGUGGGAUGUCGAUUCAUUAUGGUUUUGCCUUUUAACACAAAAUUAAACUGUUUUUAUUGUUCUUCACAUGUCUAGGUAAAUCACUACAAGAAGAGGUAGCCAAAACGAAAGAUUUGUUUAAUCCACUGUAUAUUUGAAAGUUGUUAUGCUAGAUCUUCUUUUUUUAUUAUAUUUUAUUACUUUUUUUUUUUUUUUUUUUUUUUUAAGUAUUACACUGAGAUAAACACUAUUUUCCACCCCUCAAAAAUACUAAAAACAUUAAAAUUACUGAGUGAACAUGUCACAGUGUGUGUUCUGACUUGAGAUUUGUGCUAUAUAGUUUCUUGCCAGCCAUGUUAAACUUUUGGAGGAGGUAAUCUCAUGAGUGAGUCGUCUAUGCAGAUUCUGCCUUUGACCUGACAGGCCGGAGCCCGGUAUUGAUCUCACUUAAUCAUAUUUCCCAUAGGCCAUGAAGAAAUCUUGUGAUUUAAUUGGUUGUACAGGUUGACGGGGUCUUCGCAUCCUUAAUUCUCUCAUAAGACAGCAGGAACCAUGUUCAGCACCCUCAAGUCAAAACCACCAAUAUACUGUUUCACCAGUUAGACUCAAGCUACUGACAGUCAUUGAGAUGGAUUGCUCAAUUUCAAAGACUUGAUUUAAUCAGAACAAGCUCUGGUUUCAAAUGAUUUGUAGUUUCUUUGUUUCUUCCUUUUUUUUUUUUUUUUUUUUUUUUAAUAUAUAAAUAUAUAUAUAUAUUUCAGUGAUGAUUAUGGAGUAUAUGCCUUGGAUCCACUCGAAAUAAUUCAAAAUAAAGACUGAAGAUUUUGAUAAUGGUGACCCAUCCUCUACACAACGGUAUUGUUUAUUAAAUGUCAUGUCAUAAUUAUAUAUUUGCAGUUGAAUGCCAUAUUUUGCCUUGGUGGUAUCGCAGCAAGUGUCUUCUGUACAUAAUAUUCUGCCUGUGGAUAUAACUGUAUAGUCCAAACGUGUGUAAAUCAGAUAUGGUAUAAAAAAAAAAAAAAAAAAAGGAAAUGGAGAAAAAAAUAUUACCAUUUGUUUUAGAUGAGGGGUGAUUAUUUUUUAUAUAUAGUGAUGGUUAUAAAAAAAAAUAAAUCCUUGAGCAAGACUUGGAAUGGAAGGAGUGAAAAGAACUGGUUUCAUUUACAAAAUCAUCAGAAAACUAGAAAAAAAGAAAGAAAAAAAAAAGAUUGAUAAAAUCACAAUCUAAUUUUUUACAAAGUUUUUGAUACAGCCUCAAAUUGUUUAUUAAGAACAAUAAAUAUAUAGUGUAUUGCAAUUUGUAAAACUUUAGUCUUGGUAAUUGAUUCAUUAGCUUUUCCUCAUGGGUCUUUUUCUUAGGUGGUUUUCUUUAAGUUUGCUUUAAGCUUACAAAAUCGAAAUGGCGGACUGUGUUGUCGGGGAAAGUGUCCUAUGUAAUAGAUUUUAUUUUUAUUUUUUAACAUUUGUUUUGAGGUUUGAAUUCAAAAGUGACAUUUGCAAUAAUAAAGGUGUGGCGUAGUCACGGCUGGUCAGUAUGAGUAGUGUGCAAGAUCUGUGUGACGCAGUACCUCCUCAAGUCUCACUACCCCGGAAUUGUUUUGCCACGUAGGAGGUUAUGUAUGGAUGUAUUUUUGGGUGUGAUCGUAACUUGUUUUUUAAUGCUUCCAUUUAGCCUUUAUAGAUUUAUCAGUAAACCAAAAUCCAUGGAGGUUUGAUUUGAUGUUUCAUUUGUACGUACCAGCAGGUUGAAGAUGGAAAUGGUGCAGGAAAAGGUGCAGUAGUAUUGAGGUACAAAAACAUUGCUCAUGCGCUUCAUCAUGGUGCGGCAUUGACAAAGUGCAAAAUAAUUUUCAGUAUUUUUUUUCAAAGAAGCAAAGUUGUGUAUUUGUUUUAACCCUGAAUCUGGUAGAAUUAUAGUAGAAACUAAAGCAAAAACGAUCGCUGUUUGCCAAUGGGAUAAGAAAAACGGCUAUUUAUUAUCAAACACAAUCUUGCUUCUCAAGAAAGUUUUUGUUUUUACAAGAACACGUGGGUUUUUUUUUUUUUUCUUUUUUUUCUUUUUUUUUUGCAGUGUACAGCAAAAUCAGCAAGGAAAUGCUUAUUGUCUUUUUUUGUGGCCUUUUAUAAUGGAUUAUUUUGUUCGUGUUAUAAUACGUUAUUUAUACAUUUAUGUAGCAAUGAGUCUGUUGCAGUAAAGUUACUGCUUUCUCAUUAGCACAACUCUGAAUAAAUAUUUUAGGUGGAAAAACCAAAGAUGCAGAUUACAAAAUGGCUGUUGUUUGCUACCGGUAAGUCUGCUGCUUAAGUUAAUGUCUUUUUGUUUCUUACAGUUUUGAAUAUAAGCGAUGAUGAAUAAGUAAAAAUAUGAUAGGUUCCCCUCCGUCCCUUUUAUUUUAUUUUAUUUUAUUUUUCUCAUAGAGAUAAAGCUCAGUCUGUGUACAUGUAUUCAAUCUAUAUGGUUAAUUUCACAAACCCUGAGCUAAUUGAGUUUUAUCUAUUUUACAAUAUUUUUUAUUCUUUUGCACAGCUAUUAUGUUUUUUAUUUGUCAAAUCAGUCAGCCUUACGUAUAUUUUCAGCCUUCACAAAACAAUUUGAUUAUACUUACUGUAAGAAUAUAACUAAUCCUUAAAACCGGAAAUGGUACAAGUGGGGGAAAUGGUCAGUAUGUUUUCUUUUUGUGUGUAUAUGAGUAUUUCUUUUCAUUUUUUUAUGGUUGUUUUUAACAUUUUGUCUGAGUUUUAACAAUGUUACAAAGUGUGCAACCUGUAUUGCAAAGACAAGCCGAGUUGACAAAAGAUUGAGCAUUUAAGCAAUGCGUUUAUAAAGGUGCUGAGAUCGACCUUGGGUCCAGGUGUUAGAAAUGACAGUGACGUGUUGAGCGAGACACCUUAGAGGUCAGUUGCUGCGAAGAAGUGCAUCCUAGUAAAGAAUACAACGCCAACGUAAUGACGAAAAACACUAUUCAUUCUCUUUCAUGUUAAACAGCGUUGGUUAAUUUAUGCCACCAAACACUGUAUGUUUGAAUCUUGUAUUAAAAAGUGUUCUCACCGGGAAUGUGUGUGGGCUCUUUGAUAAUUUCAGAGUUUUGCGCAAACUGACUGCGUUCUGUCCACCAACGUGCAUUAGGUGUUGAUGCAUAUUAUACUGCAUAUAAAAGUCUAGUAACGAUAAUAUUCGUAAUUAGGGAUUUAAAGAAUGUUCCUGGUUCA